AGAGAGUCCAAAAAGUGGAUAAGUCACCAGCAGCUGCCAGAGAACUGGACGGACACUCGGGAGACACUGCUCGAGGGGAUGCUCUUCAGCCUCAAGUACCUGGGCAUGACGCUGGUGGAGCAGCCCAAGGGCGAGGAGCUGUCGGCUGCUGCCGUCAAGAGGAUUGUGGCCACGGCAAAGGCCAGCGGGAAGAAGCUGCAGAAAGUGACUCUCAAGGUGUCACCACGGGGGAUUAUCCUGACCGACAACAUCACCAACCAGCUCAUUGAGAACGUGUCCAUUUACAGGAUCUCCUACUGCACAGCAGACAAGAUGCACGACAAAGUGUUUGCGUACAUCGCACAGAGCCAGCACAACGAGAAUCUCGAGUGCCAUGCCUUCCUCUGCACCAAGCGGAAAAUGGCCCAGGCUGUCACCCUCACAGUAGCCCAGGCCUUCAAAGUUGCCUUUGAGUUUUGGCAGGUGUCCAAGGAAGAGAAGGAGAAGAGGGAGAAAGCCAGCCAAGAAGGAGGGGACGUCCUGGGUGGGGGCCUCCGUGACAACACCCCAUCGUUGAAGAGCUUGGUUGCCACUGGGAACCUGCUGGACUUGGAAGAGACGGCCAAGGCCCCGCUGUCCACAGUCAGCGCUAAUACCACUAACAUGGAUGAGGCACCGAGGCCUCAAGCCUUGAACAAUAGCAGCGUUGUCUGGGAGCUGGAUGACGGCCUGGAUGAAGCAUUUUCAAGGCUUGCCCAGUCUCGGACGAACCCUCAGGUCCUGGACACUGGAUUGACAGCACAGGACAUCCAUUACGCCCAGUGCCUCUCACCUGUCGACUGGGACAAGCCUGACAGCAGCGGCGCCGAGCAGGAUGACCUCUUCAGCUUCUGAGGUCCCCAGGGCUGGCGGGACAUGUGACAGACCAAAGCCUCUUGUGGCCGGGGGGGGUGGGGGGUGGGGGACAGCUCCAGGGCCCCCAACCACCCUCUUCCGGUUGGCAGCACCGUUGGCCUGCAAAUCAAAGCCGCAUCUGGUCAAGCAGGGG